GAUUGGCGGCUGUUACAGCGGCAAGGGUGCGAAAUAUACGUGUGUUGCCAACAACCGUAGUUCUUGACUUCCCACAGGCUGCUGCCACAAGAAUACCAUGGACGAAGAACAAGAAGCACCGCAACAGGUCCUCGAUCUGGCCGAGGCCUCAGUUCCGAAUUCCUUGCGAGGAAUCCGGGCCUGCAAGCGCUGUGGAAUAUUGAAAACCCUGGACCAAUUCAUUCUCGACGGUAUGUAUUCUAUUCCAUUGCAUUGCCUGCAUCGAAURUCUAUGCCUGUAACUUUGUUCGUUUCCUCACAGCGAUUCGUUCUUUCCCGCUCGUGAAAUCUUUCAUACUGAACCUCCCGGAAACUGCACAACACGCGACGCACAAUGAAUAAUGCAUAACGUUAACGCACAACGUGCAACUUUCGGCACAACACGCACCACUCGACACGCCGCUGUUGUUAGGCUGCGAGAACUGUCCAUUUCUGGACAUGAUCGACAACCCGGAGCGCGCCAAUAUCUGUACUUCGGCCUUUUACGAGGGGCAGGCCGCGCUGAUGGAUCCCAGGGAAUCCUGGGCCGCCAAGUGGAUUCGGGUUGGCAACUACCUCCCGGGGGUGUAUGCCCUGAGCAUCACGGGUACAUUUGAUCGAGAAAUCGAGGAKGACCUGGAGGCCCGGGGGAUUCGGUGGAGGUGCCGCCCGGCCCCGUCGUCGUAGGAAGUUGUUGAUGCGGAACGGAAUWCAUUUGAACCGAACCAAAMAAAGAAAGCAAGAAACAUAUACGAACACAACAAACUGAAGAGGAGAGACAAGUAUAAGUAUCGAUCAAAUACAGAUGAAUCGAUUGARUUUUCUCCUUUGUGCGAGACAGAUAUACGGCCAGUAAGCAUGCCGUACACAUGCAAGGUCACAUAUGAAUAUUGUUSCAACGGAGUAGGCACAACACAUCGGAAUGGGAAAUGAAAUACGAGAGAAAUCGAAUAGAGGGGAUUGGGACGGUGCUUGUGGAGUGGUACAYUUUGUAGGAUAGUUCAUCAUUUUUCURCAAACCAUAUGUUUCUGAAGGGAAAAUUGUGCUCUCUUGGUACACUAAUGAUAAUUUGAAUAAUUUCACUACAGUACA